AUGACCGCAACCGAUGACUGGCAUCGGUCGGCUGGCUCGGGCUCGCUCGUCAUUGACGCUCGCGAUGCAGAGGGCUUCACCCCGCUGCACCUCGCCGCAGGCCGCGGAGAGCUCGGCCUUGUCUGCCAGCUCCUCGCCGGCGGUGCUUCGCCGUGUAUGGCCAACUCGGCCGGCGUCACUCCUCUGCAUCUAGCCAUCACCUCGGGCGUCCGCGCCGUCGUCAAGGUCCUGCUCGAGGCCGGUGCUUCGGCAUCCCGUCCAGGCGGCCCGCGCGACUGGCGGGCGCCCCACUACGCUGCCGCCUUUGGCUUCUCCGCCAUCCUCGCCGACCUACUCAAGGCCGGCCGCGACAACGCUACCCCGUUGCAGCUUGCCGCAGCAUCGGGCGACAUGGGCUCAGUGCACGUGCUCCUCGCCGCAGGUGCGCGCCUUGACAUGCCCGACGUUCUUGGCAACACCCCGCUCCACUACGCCGCCAUGUACGGCCACCGCGAGGUCAUCGUUGAGCUCGUCUCGGGCCUCUCCUACGAGCCGGCCCGCAAGGCUCUCAUCAACGCUCUCAACUCGGCCUCCGAGUCAGCCCUCCAUCUCGCCGCCGGCUUUGGCUACGUCCACUGCGUCGUCGCCCUCCUCGAGCACGGCGCCUCCAUCCGCUCGGACAACGCCGUCUACGGGACGCCUGUCCACUACGCCGCCACCGGUGGCCACCUCUCGGUCCUCAAAGUCCUCCUCCACGCCCUUCCUGAGGCUGCAAACCUCACUGCGCCGUGGCAGCACAGCGCCAGCGCUCUCCAUCUCGCCGCCCGCGCCAACGCCCGCCGCUCUGUCCUCGCCCUCAUCGAUGCCGGUGCCUCGGUCGAGCCGCUCACCGAGCACGCCCUCUCACCGCUCCACGACGCCGCCGCCGCCAACGCCACAGACGUCGUCUCGGCCCUGCUCGACGCAGGCGCUGCCGUCGACGCAUGGGCGCCGUCGGGCUCGCCGCUCUUCUACGCCCUCCCGCGCAACGCUCUCGAGUCGCUUGAUGCCCUCAUCACUGGCGGCGCAGACGUGAACCACGUCGCAGACGCCGGCGCGCACACCCCGCUCCAUGUCGCUGCCUACUAUGGUGCCGAGCCCGCUGGCGCCGCCCUGCUCAAGGCCGGCGCCGCUGUCGAAAAAGCCACCGGCUACCACGGCCUCCGCGCCUUCCACAUCGCCGUCCUCGUCAAGAACGUCGGCUUUAUGCGCAUGCUUGUCCGCGAGGGCGGCGCCGACGUCCACGCCCGCACUCGCGAUGGCCACACCGCCCUCCACUUUGUCCUUCACUACCACGACGCCGACCUUGACAUGCUCGAGGCCCUAGUCUCGGUCGGCUUUGAGCUCUCAGCCCAGUCGCCGUCCUCGCUCACCGUCCUCCACGAGGUGAGCUCCUUUGACGCUGCGCCCUCGCACUGGGUUCACAACCUCGUCGCCGCAGGCGCCCACCUCGAGGCCCGCGACAUUGACGGCGCCACUCCGCUCCAUCACGCCGUCGUCACAAACUCGCUCUCCAUGGUCAAAGCUCUGCUCAAGGAAGGCGCCGCCGUCAACUCGCUCACCAUGCUCCACCACACCCCGCUCCACCUCGCCGCCCACGCAGGCGCCGAUGCCUGCAUCGUCCUCCUCCAUGAGAUGGCGCCAAAGCACACUUGCGAUGCGCACGGCCUGCUGCCGGCACAUCACGCCGCCCGCGGCGGCUACACCAACGUCCUGCAAACGCUCCUCCUCCUCGGUGUCGACGUUCUCGCCGCAGGAUCCGCCCUCCACGCCUCGGGCCGCACUACUCUUCACCACGCCGUUGCCGUUGGCCAGAUCGAGACCGUCCGCUGGCUCCUCGACGCCGGUGCUGACCCGCACGAGCUUGACUCGCAGAACCAGUCCCCGCUUCAUCUCGCUGCUCUCGCCGGCGACGUGGACUUGACCAAGCUCCUCGUUGCCGCGGGUGGCGACACCUACCAGCAGUCAAUCAAGGGAACAACCCCGAUCUCGCUCGCUCUCCAGGGUGGCCACUUUGACGUCCUCAAGAUCCUCGACGAGUCAUCGUGCCAGCUCGCCAACGAGCUAGUCGCUCUCCGCAACGUCCGCGGCAACAAGUCCAUCAACAACCUCAAGGUUGCCGAGUCGACCGCCAACGUCUCGUCCAUCUCAGAGCGCCGCCGCAAGCUCAUGGGUAGCUCACGGAGAGUCCAGACCACGGCGCCAGCGCGUUCGCUGCCUCGAAACAAGCCGAAGUUGUUUGAAGACACCAUCGAGACGGUGGUCGCUGUCGAGAGCGAGACCGAUAUUCAUCCCAAUCCGCCGCCGGUCCUUCCGGAUCGCCUCCGCCGCUCAGGCCUUCACUCGCAGGCUGUCCUUCCACUGCCGUCGGACCGACUGCGCGAAACACGCUCGCCCGCGCCGCAGCCCAUGCCCGCAGCAAGAGCAAGAGCGAGUCGGACACCGACUCUGACGAUGCCGUCUCACCAGUCAAUUCGCUUGCGUCAACGCUCUCGACUUUCGCUCUCGUCAGAUGAAGAGUCGCCCGAGGUCACCGAGCUCAAGCGCCAGGUCACCGCCAAGGUCGCCGAGUCGAUGAAGGCCGUCCUCGCACGACAACGGUCGCGCACCCGGUCGACCUCGAUGUCGCUGGCCAUGGUGCCCAAGUCGUUUUCGUCGACGGUCAAAAGGUACCAGCUGGCGAGCCAGGCCUCAUCCUCGCUCGCUCGCCCGACGCCGGCGGCGCGCCUCCAACCGACCAGUCCGCUGGCGCUUGCCGCCUCGCCCGACAGCGAGACUCCUGCCGCCGCCGAUAGCGCCAAGGUUGUCUCGCCCGAGAACGGGCGGAAGCGGGCGCUCUCCAUCCAGGCCACGAGCCUGCUGUCCACACUCGGACGGGCUCGGGUCGAGGCCUUUCGCCACCGCGACAGCGACUUGUUCCGCUCUGAGUCACGGUCGUCGACAGGCUCGGUGAUGGAGCACAUUGCCGACGCCGACGCCGCCGCGCAGUCGCUGCUGGCGGGCCUCCGCGAUGAGCUCGGCGACCCGGUUCUCAUCGAGGACCUCAUUGAGCCGGCGUAUCCACUCAACCGCGAGGGCAUGGCCCUGCUCGACGCCAUUGUCUUUACCCCGCGCAACGCUACCCCGUUCGAGUACGCACAAGAGAUGUUGCGCAACGACCUGGUCCUCGGCGUCCCGCUCGACGCUCCGAUCUUGCACUCGGUCUCGACAGCAGCUGUCAACACGUCGGCGGCGCGGCGCGUGCGCGAGCGGCGACUCAUCCUCGACCUGCACCAGCAGCGCCAGCGCGACGAGCCCGAGAUCGUACCCGACACUGCUCACGCUCGGGUCCGGGCUGCCUACGACGAUACGGCCCACGUCGUGGCUCCCAAGUCGCACGAGCUCGAGAGCCACGUCGAGUCGACCAGCCACUUUCACCACGUCUACCACACCAUGUCGUCCAAGGCAGCCGCUGACCCGGAUGCCACACCCGAGCGGCUUGAGCGGCGCAAGCGACUCAAAUCACAGCGCAAAGCUCAGCGCAAGAAGCGUAUCGCGCAGGAGAAGCAGGCCGAGCUCGAGAUUCUGCUCGACAAGUCGGCCGAGGGUGCGAGCUUGUCGGUUGAGCUCACGUCGGCCUGGGAGGGGAGUGCGCCGCGGAGCGGCGUCCGGCCGUCUGGACCCAAGCGCCGCCACAACGUGGCACGCGGCCGCAGCCGUGGCCGCGGCCGCGGUCGCCGUCGGCACGCCCGCCGCCACACCGUCUCAAAGGCCGCAAUGGUGACUCGCCGGCUCACCUCGAUGGGUACCCGGGCGCAGGACUCCAAAGUUGUGACCACCCGCGCCGACGUCCGUGCGCGGCUGCGGCCGGUGGCGCCCUCAGCGCUGGACACGCCCGAGCGCGCCGAGCAGCGGCGGAUUGUGGCGCGGAAAAUGAUGGCCUCAGGCCACAAGCCGGCAUGGGUCGGCGUCGGCUCGUCUGUGGAGCACUUGUAG